AUGAAGGCACGGAGAGGCAGUCUCCUGUCUCGAGCCGCAUCUCUUUCUGCACUCGUAGCAACUUCACCCAAACCGGCCAAAGGCGAUGCGGCAUCUGCAGUGGCUGGUGAAUCCCCCCAUGUUCGUCCUAGUAUAACUGGAGGAUCUUUUAUCAAGGCAGUGUUUGCGAAGAAAGAGAAACACAAGAAGAAGCAAGUGCAUCAGCGACAACAACAGCAAGACGACAAUGGAACCGAUGUCGAAGGAUCCCCCACUCCCGCGGAAGAAGCGUCUCUGCAAAAUCUCUCUAGCAUGUUGGACGAGGUUGGAAUCGGCGAGCCUCCGUUGACGGGGGAAGAGGAGCAAGAGGAACAAGGCAAAGAGAAAACGAGUGAAAAAUUCCCACGAAAAGCCCGAAGCACAGGAACCUAUGAAGCCCCCAAAAAGAAAAAGAGUAUCUUUCAAAAGCUCUCCAGCUCUGCAAGAGACAUGGCGUUCAGUGUCGAUACAGAAAGCCAUCAAGGAACCGAAGCAUCCACGGAAGGAGCUUCUAGUAGUCAUUACCAAAACAAUCACAAAAAGAGAGAGGGACGCAAAUUUGGUAAUAGGAGAAAGCAUCAUGAAGAUGACAAAGAAGUGCCUGGUAUGGACAACAGUGAUUCCAUGCUAAACGUCCACGCACAGAGAAAAAGGAGGCAAUCAAGGCUGAUACGAAGGACCAAUAGUCUGUCUUCGUUGAUUGGUGGAGGAGGUUUCGGAGAUUUAUUGCUACUGGAAGACGACGAGGAUGAAGAUUUUAGAAUUGAGAACAAUCCACCCAAAAAGCGAGAAGAAAGCAAUUUGGGCAAAGGAAUGGACAAAGGAAUGGAAGGCAGUAAUAGGAACCACCGCAAAGGAAGAAAAGCCACCGGCAAGUCGCCAAUUCGCAGAACUCAGAGUGUUCCUGAUAGCGUCCCAGGAAUGGACGGAGAUUCAAAGGAUGAUCACAGAGACAGUCCCAAAGCAGACCCAAAGUUUGAAAAGCCCUUGGGAAAUGGUCCUCGGAAGACGAGCCUUGCACAAAGGCUUUCAGCUUCCUCCAGUCAUGCGAUGGAUUACGCAGAGGAAACGAACGGCGCCACCAAGGAGGGCAAAAAAAUUGUUCGCAGAACCAACAGUAUGCCUGACACAAACAGGAGAGAGCUCAAUCUAGAUGAUGUGGACAAGAGCAACAGCAGGCAGCGCCGUCAUAAACGAGAAGGACGGAAAUUGGGUGCGGCAUCGUACCACUCGCAUGGAAUGAACGACAGCAGCAGAAACUCGCGUAAACGCAGCGAAAGAGAUGGAAAUCUGAGCAUAGUGUCAGAUUCCAGAAGCAGUCUUGGUGGUCGAAAGGACGCGAAUAGGAGCGGCACGAAACGACGGGAAGCGCGACGAUCACACGCAUCUCUCAGUCACGGAUUGGACCACAGCAGUAGCAGCAAUCUUCGACACGGCAAAAAGAGGUUAGGCCAUCGUGUCGGCAGGACCCAAAGUGCAGCCGAUCCUAGUAGCGUUGGUGUUGAGGCCGAUGUCAUGGAUACAAGUGGCAAUAGUGAACAUCAAGAUGAGCAAAUAUCAGCCUCAUCUCGAAAUCAUGGAAUGGACCACAGCAACAGCAAUCUUUUGCAUGCUAAAAAAGGGUCAGGAACCCGAAGGACACAAAGUGCUUCCGAUCCUAGUACCGGUACUGCUGAUGCCGAUGCUAACGCCGAUGUCAUGGAUACGAGUGGCAGCAACCACGGUGAACAGCAACUACGAAGUACGCGUCGUUCCCGUGGUUCCAUUGGCCACAACAGUUCGGGCCGUCAUCACCUUGAUUCCACCGACGUCACCAGCUCGGGGCGUCACCAUGCUUCCACUGCUACCAGGAAUUCGAGGCACGAUAAUGGUGGCAAGCCGCACAAAACACGAAGCAGUCAUGGUAGUUCCCAUACUGACCUUGGUGGAGCAGCGGGCAGCAAGAGCAAUCAUGGCUCCAAGCGUGAAGGCCGAAGACGUCAUCAUGGAUCGCAGACCACUACAAGCCCGAGACAAACCAACCGUAGGGUUCGUCGUACUGCAAGCUUGGAAACUCGCAGAAAGGCUUCCCUUUCACCCCGCCCUUCGCGUUCCACGGGUCUUGGUCAGUCUGCUCAUGAAUUCGGCAACUUUUGGAAUGACGAUGAUGCAGCAGAACCUGAAUCGGAGGCUCUCCGACACCAACGAAGGCCUUUUCGCAAGCAUCCGCAUGGUCACCACGAUGGCGGAAGUGCCCUGUCAGAGUCACUUGGCGAUCAGCAUACUUCCUCGCAGCAUGAUAAGAAUCUCCUUGGACGUGGGUCGAAUCAGAAUCGCAGAGACUGGAAGAAGCACCGUCCUGCCCGACAACAUGGCGUCGAGGCAGAUUCGCUGGACUCAUCGGGAUCCAGCAAAGAUGAGAACAAAAUGGAAAGGAGCAUGAGGCUGGUAGGCGGGGAAUUCGUGGAUAUUAAGCAGAAUUCGAAAGUCGUAAACGGAGAAAGUACGAAGAAGUUGGAUGGAGAGAGGAGUGUGCGAGUUGACGAGUUGAAGCGUUGGUACCACCAUACGCACGGACCGCCUCGGCCUUCUGUAAUGGUGCAGAGUAGCGGCGCUGCUGCCCCAUUACGGAAAGAGCUCAAGCAGCACGUAAACCAACACCCAAAGGAGGAGAAAUUAGAGGAGGACGAGGCCUCAUGGGGUUUUUGGCAGCACGACGGUCCCAAGAGCUGA